AUGGCCUCGCCGAGCACGCAAGAUACUGGAGCCUGCGACGAGGGUGGUGUCCACGACUUUCGCCUGCCGCACAAGAGCUCGUCGGGCCUGUGGAAGUGCCUGUGCUGUCCCUGUUACCUCAUCUGCGGCGUCGCACUCAGUCGAGGCGCCGCACUCGGUCCAGCUCCAGUCGGGUUCAGCGCAGGCGACGACCGACCCAACGAGCUCACCUGCAUCAAGUGCGGCCUCAACCCGUCCGAGGCGUCCGCCCUGGCCCAAGUUCGCGACGCAGAGUCACAAGGCCUCUCAACGUCCAAAGGGCCCGGCUACUUCUCGAACGCGGGCAUGAGCGUCCCCGAGCCUGUCGCGUCGUCGCACAUGCGCUCGUACUCGCACGCCGGCGCGCCGGGCUACCCGCCGGCCCAACCGCCUC